AUGCUCAUCGCCUUUCUCCUCGUGGUACUCGCUGCGUCGGUGGGGGCGGCGCGCGAGUCCCGCGAGACGUUCCAAGAGGAGGCACUCGUUCGCCCGCUCCCCGAUGGGCGGAUCGCGUUCGUCGCUCACUUCCGGCAGGAGACGUCGCUCGUGGCGCGGCACCACGAGACGUUUCCCAAGGCGAUCGCGCAGAUCGCGCGCGCCACGGGGGUUGCCGACGCGGAGCUGUCGUUCACGCAGGGCCGAUGGAUGUACCGCCGGUGGGGACGACCCCCGGUCGGGGCCAAGCCAAUCGGAGCCGAGCUCUGGGCGGCGUUCGCAGCCGAGUCCGACGAGGUGGCCGACGAGGGUUGGGCGAACCUGACGGCCAUGUUCGGCGGGCAGUUUUGCGCCUCACUGAGCGCCCUGCGCGACGAGCAGGUCGUGGUGGAGCCCGCGCUGGUGUUCCGCCCGUGGGACGGCUCCGCGCGCGUCGAUCGCGAUGGCAUCUCGUCCGACAACAGGCGCAGGCACGGAUCGCUCCCGGCGGAGGCUGUCUGCACCGAGAACCUCACGCCGUGGCUCAAGCUCCUCCCGUGCAGGGACCGCGCGGGUAUCGCCGCCCUGCUCGGGUCCAGAUCAUCCGUCUUCGGCGCCGAGUACGUCUCGUUCACGGCGCGCGUUCGGGUCAGGGGCGACGCGCUGGAGUUGACGCAGUCGGCCACGCUCGUCGUGGAUGCAAACAAAAUCGCGAGGGAACCGGAGGGGGGGCACCGGCUGACCUCCCUGCUCGGGGUCGAUCGGGGAGGAGGCGCGAACGGGAUCCGGGCGUGCGCCGCGGCGACGUCCACGGCCGUGCACGUGCAGACGAAGGGAGGGACCGCGUUCGCGUUCGGGGGCAGGAAGGUGCACACGGCUGUCGCCGACGAGGGGAGGAGGGUCGACACAGCUGUCGCCGCCGACGAAGCGUCGAGACCCGCGUGGCUCUCGUGGGACGUGUCGGCGGCGGAAGAUUUCGACGUGGCGGUGCGUCCGGGCGGUGGGGACGAGGGGACCGUCGCUCCGGAGCUGUACGCCGAGCGGGUGGUGACGGGCAGCGGGUACCACCGCGGGGGAAUAUCCAUCGAGCUGAGGCGGCCAGAGGGUUCAAAGUCGGCGAGCGGGACUCGCGCGCGGCUGUUCCAGACCCUUCCGUGGUACGUGCGCGUGUUCAUCCACACGCUCGCCGUGGAGAUGGACGGCGUCCCCGUCCCCGUGCCCACGUCCGGGGCGGACGUUGGGGCGAACGGUGGCGCGGUGGAGGCGUUGCGGUGGGUCCCCGGCGUGGACAGGCGGCGUCCGUCGACGAUGGAGCUCCAGGUGCUGAUGCCGGCGUCGGCGUCGGUGGCGAGGGUAUCGUUCAAGUUCGAGAAAGCCUUCCUUCGCAUCAGCGAGUUCCCGCCGGACGCUAACCGUGGGUUCGACCUGCCCGCGGCGCUCCUCUCCCUGCCGCCCGUCUCGCCCCGGGACGGGCACGAGUUCGGGGAGUCGCGCCUCCUGGACCUGGUCGAGGGCGUCGCGUCCGAGGUCGGGGACACGCACUCGGAGGGGGUGUACAUGCAGGGCGCGCUCCUCACGCUUCCCACGCCGGACUUCUCCAUGCCGUUCAACGUCACGACGAUGGUGUGCACGCUCAUGUCGCUGCUCGCCGGUGCGCUGCUCACGACGCUGACGCGAAGGCCGGGGUGGGAGGGUUUCGGGAAGCUCAAAGCGGAGCAGCGGAAGCGGCUCAAGUCGCUGGAGAAGGAGGCGAGGAAGGCCCGGGCGGGUAAGUCGGAGUGA